UAAAGACUGGAUGUUAUUUUUAUGUUAUGUAUUAUUUUAAGUGUAUUUACAGAUUAAAACAUUUAAGAUCAAAGCUUCAAAAGUUAACUCGUACAUGACAUGAGUGAAUAAUUUUCAAACGUCUAUGUUGCGGAGGUGUAUUCUCGACCGCUUAAUUAUCACGAAUCAAAUCAAUACAAACAGCUAAACCAUGGAAUGUGAGAAAGAAAGCCCAGUCAAAAAACCUAUCCGUAAAACCAGUAUACCGGUGAACCAUGAUGGGGCAGUUGUGGGAUUAGCUCGAAGAUCAACAUUAUUUCCUUUCACAACACCUCUACCAGGGAUUUCAACGGCUGCCCUACAGCUGGAACAGCUGAUAGGAAGGAAUAAGAAAUGGACAACAGCUGGAUGGAAACUAAGUUCCGAAUCUGGUUUGGUAUUUCGUACACAGUUAAAAGAUAAAGAAUACGUGUACUUAAAUGCAGCGGAGUUCGGUGAAGUUGAAGUUGUUCGAGACUUACUGGAAGAUAUGAAGCUUGAUGUAAACUGUGUAGACUAUAUGGGACGUAAUGCUUUACUUUUGGCGAUGAAAAACGAAAAUAUUGAUUUGGUAGAAUUAUUAGUCAACCGGUUAGAUUUUUACGCCGUUGAAGAUGCUUUGUUGAAUGCUAUCAGUCAGCAGAAAAAUCAUCUAGUGAAACUAAUCGUUGAUCAUCCACAGUAUAUCAGAAUGGAAAAACAAAGUAAAAGCAAAGUGUCUGGGCCAGCUGGUAGUACUAAUAAUCGUGGGAAAAGGUCACAGUUCUCUUCGGAUAUUUCCCCAUUAAUGCUUGCAGCCCAUAUUAACAACCAUGAAAUUAUUCAACUGCUGCUAGACAGAGGAUUGAAACUUGAAAUGCCACAUGAUCGAGCGUGCUCAUGUCUUGAGUGCGAAACUAUUCGUGCUGAAGAUUCACUCAUACUGGAGCAACAGCGUCUGCACACCUAUCAGGCCUUAUCAAGUUCAGCUUAUUUGGCUUUGACUACAUCUGAUCCAGUGGCAACUGCAUUCAUUUUAAGGAAUGAACUGUAUCAACUAGCAUCCCAGGAGAAGCAGUUCAAAGAAGAAUAUUCUGAGUUGGCUGUCAAAUGCAUGGAUUUUGCAAUUAGCUGUGUUGACCUGUGUCGAACAUCAGAUGAACUACAUUGUCUCCUAGGUGGUACAUUAAAUACAAAGUCACACGAACGAGGCAAUCCUGUGAAUACAAUCAAGAAUGCUAUUCAAUCACAUGAAAAGAAAUUUGUCGCUCAUCCAAAUUGUCAACAUCAAAUGGAAAAUCUGUUUUAUAGUUUAAUGUUUUGCAUUCGAGAUUUCGAAGGACUACAAAGGCUACAGUUUGUGAUUAUUUUUCUUUCAUUGCUGCCAUUUUUGUACAUUAUUUAUCUUUUCUUUCCACAUUUCAAGAUGCCACUCCCACAGAGUUUAAUAUAUCGUGAUCGAAGCGUUACAAAAUAUGAGGUAACGGAAAUACUACGGUGUCCUGUGACCAAAUUCCUGGGUCAUAUGGUUUCAUAUAUAACUUUUUUAAUUCUAAUUACUGUGGCAACCUUUCGUCUGGACCGGACAGGAGUUAGUGAUGAAAAUGACAACUGGCACGUUAGGUACACUGAGAUUUUGAGUUAUGACUUUCGGACAUCAAACGUGGUUAUGACAAAAAUCCAAAUAAUACUAUUAUUUUGGAUAUUAGGUCAACUUUGUAUGGAAUGUAAACAAGUUUAUCACUAUGGUCUACGCUACUUCUUUCGUAGUUAUUACAAUUUUAUGGACUGGGUUUCUAUUGCCUUGUAUUUGGCUUCAUAUUCGCUAAGAAUUAUUGUAGAUUUCAAAGUUCAAGCAUCUAUGGGAAGAUAUGAAGCUCAGCUUAAAUUGGCUCAGUCAAUUUUAUUAAAUGCCACCUGUUCAGCCUCAAAAUCUUGUUCCAAUACUGAAACUACUCAUCAGGAUUAUGUGAAUUACAGAAACAAAAUACUGAUUCCUGAAUCUGCUUAUUGGCUAAGAGGUUGUCGAUUGUGGUGGGCCCCGGAUGAUCCUGAAUACAUUUCAGACUGCCUGUUUGCCCUGGGUAAUGUUCUGUCUUUUUCAAGAAUUAGUUAUCUGAUGCCUGCAUGGGAACUUCUUGGGCCACUUCAAAUAUCUUUAGCUCGUAUGGUGUCAGAUAUUAUAAGAUUUAUGGCUCUCUUUACCGUGAUGGUAAUUGCAUUCGUCGUUGGUUUAACCAAUCUGUACUGGUACUUUGCCAACAUUAUUAUAUCUGUUGACGCUCAUGGACAACUAAUUCGCUAUGCCAGUGGAAUACCAUCCUUUAAAAGCACGGGUGCAACCUUUCACACAUUGUACUGGGCAUUAUUUGGACAGUCGUCAACUAAUGUAACAACUAUUGAUGAAAAUUUAGCCAGUAUGUAUCCCGGACAUGAACAUUUAGCAGUGGAUAGCAGCCCGUACAUAGUCAACAGUCUUGGUAGUAUUUUGUACGCAAUUUAUAACGCUUGCAUGAUUAUUAUCUUAUUGAACAUGUUGAUUGCCAUGAUGAGCAAAUCGUUUGAUGAGAUACAGGGUGACAGGCUAGAAGAAUGGAAAUUUGCAAGGGCCAGUCUAUGGUUAGUUUAUAUUGAUCAGGAAGGUGUACUUCCGGUCCCACUUAAUUUGCUACCCUCACGUGAGGCUUUGUCAUCAUUCAUCUCACGCUUCUGUGGAAUCAUUCAAUGGAAGAAACCACAAAUAUACACGAAGAAUCAUUGUGAUUUACACAAAAAUCAAAACAUAAUAUUUAGUCAAACCACUCCAACAAAAGUACAUUCGGUGAAUUCACAUUUAAGUCAGGAUAUUCGAAAAACCCACACGACAACAACUGUAAGUACUCUAUUGGACGCUAAUUCGAUACAUUCAAAUGACUGGACCUCUGAUGCAUCCGAAAGUGAAAAUGAAAUAGAGAAAGCCUUUAGUGACUACAAGCUCUAUACUGACACCAUACGAGCAGACGUUAUGCGCCGAUAUUUGUUUAAACUUCAGAAACAAAAAGAAGAAGAAUUCAAGUCCGCGGAUUUCUCUGUCAUGAGCAUACAACGACAACAAAUGCAAAAAAUGAUGGAAAGCGAAUCAAAGCGUAAGCAAGAAAUGUAUCGUGAUCAGUCGUUGAGGAAGGAAAGCACAAAUAAGAGUGACGAAGAAAUUAGUGAAACCACUCCAAACACUGUAGCAGAAGAUGAAAAUCGACUGAGGGGUCUACGCAGCCUCUUAAUGCCGCCUUCUGUUCGAAGAAAACUAGAAGCAGUUGCAUCGGUCAAUCAUUCAGGAAAUGAAUCAGAAAAGCGAGAGGCAGCAGAAGCAGCUGCACGAUUUUAUUUACUUCAAACAACUAGGAAAACUAAAGGAUCAGGUGAUAUCAAGGGGAACGAAGGAAGCUCUAAGAAUCGUAAUUCAUAUAUUAAUCAACCAAAAGUUGAACAGUUCACAGCGCGUACUGAAAGACCAAUUAAAGGCAUACACUUAAGAGAAUUAUAUGGAGUUGAACAAGAAAUGCACGAUAUGUCAGAAGCGCUUUCAUCUUAUUCUCUGUCGGAAGCAACUAUUUCAGAGCUUAAUGAAUUAGAAACGUACUAACACUGCGGAAUGUAAUUGUGUACAUGUGACAUUUUGUUCCUUUAAAAGUUCACAAUAUUCUUUAGGAAGAAUAAAUAGUAGGAAUAGGAAAUAGAAUGAUAACAACUUACAUAUUUAUAAAUCACUCAAUCCUAUGAGCAUAUUAUAUUAAUAAGUAUGAUUUUUCGCCUUUCAGUUUUGUUUUUAAAGCCAAUCUGAUUGUUCGCUUUACUUUCUUCUCUUACUGUUAUGUUCUUUGUCGCUAAAACGAUAAAAUUCACAUGAAGAUUUGCGUCUCCUAUUGUGUGAAAGCUAAUUUUUGAUUAUUAAUUUGUCUAAAAAUAGAAAGUAAUAAAAGCGUUUUUGCACGUCAUAAUUCCUUACUAUUUAUUACU